AUUUAAUUACCCUAUAAUCAGCCAGAUAUUACAAAAAUGGCUAUCUUAUCUUCAAUGGUCAACCACAGACAAACAUAACCUCUUUUUCAAUCCGUCUAGCUUUGGAAGACUAGGCAAAAUGACGAACUCCAAGGGUUACCGUCGGGGUACGAGAGACCUCUUCGCGAGGAGGUUCCGCACACAUGGAACUAUUCCGCUAUCGACGUACAUGAAAGUGUACAAAGUGGGAGACAUCGUUGACAUUAGGGGCAAUGGAGCUGUCCAAAAAGGUAUGCCUCACAAAGUCUACCACGGAAAAACUGGACGUGUGUACAAUGUGACUGCUCACGCUCUUGGCGUCAUUGUGAACAAGAGAGUGCGUGGAAGAAUCAUCCCAAAGCGCAUCAAUAUCCGUAUUGAACACGUCAAGCACUCAAAGUGCCGCGAGGACUUCCUGAAGCGUGUAAAAGAGAAUGAGAGGCUCAUGAAAGAAGCCAAGGCUGCAGGAAAGACCAGUAAUGUCAAAAGACAGCCUGAACCACCAAAAGCAGCACACAUUGUCAGUGGAACUGAGAAACCAGUUCUUCUUGCACCUAUCCCAUAUGAAUUUGUAGCUUAAAAAGGUGAAAUAAAGUAU